CUUCCCAUGGUCCUUAGCGAAACCCAAUUGAACGUUUGGUGAAAGAAAACAUUUGGAUUUUGUUUACUCCCUUUACGAAUAAAACAUAUAAAACAACGAAUCUAUCACGGGGAUCGACACGGUCACCAUGGACCAGGACUAUGAGUGUAGGCUGCUCAGGCAGAUCAACAUUCAAAACGAGAAUGCAAGCCCCAUAAAGGCCAUAGGAGCAGUGCGAGCUCUGACACCCACCAGCUCCCCCCUGUCCUCCCCCAGCAAGCAUGGCGACCGCUUCAUUCCCUCCCGGGCUGGUGCCAACUGGAGUGUCAACUUCCACCGCAUUAACGAAAUUGAGAAGUCCCACAAUCAGAACAGGAAAACCAAAGAUGGCACAACAGAUAGUAAUAAAGCUGAUGGUCUGGCUUACUCGGCCCUUCUAAAAAACGAGCUGCUAGGAGCCGGCAUCGAGAAAGUCCAGGACCCUCAGUCAGAGGACCGUCGUCUCCAGCCAUCCACUCCUGCCAAGAGGAGCCUUUUUAGUUACUCUGUAAGUGCCAAACGGGCCCUACCGGAGGAGGAUGGAAACGCAGUCUCUCCAUAUUCCCUGUCACCUGUCAGUAGCAACAGCCAAAAACUGCUGCGGUCACCAAGGAAACCUACACGCAAAAUUUCCAAAAUUCCAUUCAAAGUUCUGGAUGCUCCGGAGCUGCAGGAUGAUUUCUACCUCAACCUCGUGGACUGGUCCUCUCUCAAUGUCCUGAGUGUUGGACUUGGUACCUGUGUCUACCUGUGGAGUGCCUGCACCAGCCAGGUGACACGUCUGUGCGAUCUCUCUGUAGAGGGAGAUUCUGUAACAUCAGUGGGCUGGUCGGAGAGGGGUAACCUGGUUGCAGUCGGCACUCAUAAAGGCUAUGUACAGAUCUGGGAUGCAGCAGCAGGGAAGAAGCUGUCUGUGCUGGAAGGACACACGGCCAGAGUGGGUGCGUUGGCAUGGAACGCCGACCAGCUGUCGUCGGGGAGUCGCGAUAGGGUGAUCCUGCAGCGGGACAUCAGAGCUCCACCUCUCCAGUCAGAACGUCGUCUCCAAGGACACAGACAGGAAGUCUGUGGGCUCAAGUGGAGCACCGACCACCAGCUGCUAGCGUCAGGUGGAAAUGAUAACAAGCUGCUAGUGUGGAACCACUCAAGUGUCCUCCCGGUGCAGCAGUACACAGAGCACCUGGCUGCGGUGAAGGCCAUCGCCUGGUCUCCCCACCAACACGGCCUGCUGGCCUCCGGAGGCGGCACGGCCGACCGCUGCAUUCGCUUCUGGAACACUCUGACCGGCCAGCCGCUGCAGUGCACUGACACCGGCUCUCAGGUCUGCAACCUGGCCUGGUCCAAACACACCAACGAGCUGGUCAGCACACAUGGUUAUUCCCAGAAUCAGAUCCUGGUCUGGAAAUAUCCUUCUCUCACUCAAGUGGCCAAACUCACAGGACAUUCCUACAGAGUACUCUACCUGGCCAUGUCCCCUGACGGAGAGGCCAUCGUGACGGGAGCGGGAGACGAAACACUUCGCUUCUGGAACGUCUUCAGCAAGAUGAGAUCCACUAAGGAAUCCGUAUCGGUGCUGAACCUGUUCACCAGGAUCCGGUAGUCAGCAGACCUCUGUGCCACUGGGGGAUACAGAAGGGAAUAGGAUUUAUUAUUGCAUGUAUUAGGCCCAUUGGAGUCCAAGCUGCAAAUGGGCUCCUUCAUUGAGUAUUCAUCUCAGUGGGCUGCAGAAGCCCCCCUCGCUCGCCCUUAAUUUGUUAGCCAAGUUGUAGCUGAGGAACGGAGGAGCUGGUGAGAGCUGAGACCCUCUUCCUGAGGGUGGAGGGCGGAGGGGACAUGUAGUCCACUUCCUUCUGAAUGAUCAAACCACUGCCUCCUGCAGCACACACACACACACACACACCCCUCCACUCGACCAUCAGUGCUCUCCAACGUAAAGGAGUGUUUUGGGGGGUGAGGGGGUGCUCUCUCCUCGUGUGAUUCUGUUUUGUUUACAGACUGAUGUUGUGCAUACCUGCCAAAUAUUGUUUGUCCUUUAUGAAUGUCUAUUUAUUUUAAUUUGUUUUGUUUUUAUAAUUUUGUUUUAUUUUUACUCAGUUUUAACCCAUAUUCUUAUUAGUGUAUUUGGCAGGGUGGUAGACUUAUUUUUCUGUGUGCGAUUGCUACAUUUAUGGGUCCGAUCUGUGGAGUAUGUUUAGUUUUCAUUCUGCCUUAAACAGAUAGGGUAUGCAGAAAAAUCCACGCUUGUCUUUUAAUAUUUUACCGAGGGGCGACGAUGUUUCACACCUCUUGAUUAUCAGAAGCUCCGUACCAUUUUGAGAAUGGUUAACAUAGGUUGGACAAGGGAGCUUUCUCUUCUUAUAAAUGUCGUGGUGAACUUUUAAUCCUUUCAACCGCUGACAUUGAUUUUAGUCUAACGAUACUAAGCAGUGUUGGCUGAAACUUUUCCGUAACCUCACAACAAAAUUGCAUGGUAUUGCAUGUAGCACAUGUUAGAAGAAAAUAACUUAAUGUCAGUUGUCAAUGCUGUUGUGGAUAACAUACAUUCACAGUACAUUUACACACUGUGCGGUGUGCAGAAAUACAAUUAUCAUGGAAAACACUUAAUAUCCAGCUUCCAGAAAUUAAGAAUAACAUUUUCCCUUAUGUGUGGCAUCGCUUGUCACUUAGCUUGUUUCCCUACCGUCUUAAUUGGAAUUUCAGGCAAAGGGAAAAAAACAAAAACCAAAUCAUUUUAGCUUAUCAGUGUAGCUUGCAGCAGCAAAGCAUCACCUCUGGCCUAAAUCUCUUACUGUACUCACAGAAAUGGUAUGGAGUAGAAUAAGGGAAGUGUCAUGAACUUCAGUAUCUCAACAGACACGUACAGCAGAAAGCACUGCAAAGGACAGCGUUUCACUGCCUGAUUUUUUCCCCCUUCCUAAUCUGUUUACUGCAUUGUAGUUUAUUUUACCAGAAAAAGGAAUCUUUUCUAUCACUGGCAUUUUUUUUUUCGUCCCUCAUAUUUGCUUUUCUUAUAUCCCAGUUUGAAUGUUGAGUGAACUAGUGUGCCACCUUUAAAAAAAGAUAAAGAAAAGAAAAAAGAAUGCUAUUUAUUUGUGUUGUGUCGCAAGUUCUUGUACAGCCAUGGCAUGUUUGUUUACUCUUAGUGUGUCUCUGAGGGAAGAUGACGGGCAGUUUCAGUGCUAAAACUUUGUGCACAUUCUUUUAAUGCCACUUAGAAAACAAAACAAAGCUGCCAACUUGAAUUACUGAAAGAAUGUUAACAAAGAUAAAGAAAUAUUUCUGUACUGAGAUAUUGAAUAAUUAAACAAUCAUAUCUUGUAUGA